CAACCAAUGUUCAUCAUUCAAAGUUGUAAAGUUGUAAUCUACGUGACCCGAUUGUUCUCUUCUACUACAUACAGACAAAAGAAUUGCUCGCCAUCAUCUCCGAUUGAGGUCCUAUCUUCAUUACCACCACCGUUAAUUAAAACAAAGAAAAACAGUUUUCUUCAUCUUGAUACCCCCACGCUAGGUACCUCUUUUCCAUUUUCGCGACAAACCACCAUCAGCCCAUAUUUUCAAAUCGUCAUCAACCACAUCCUAGCUUCGCAGUAAGGCGCGCGUAUUACGCGAAACUUAACAUCACAUCCGUUGCCAUUGACAUCUUUUAGCUUAACAUAUACGAAGAUAAGCAAACAUGUCGCAACAACAGACAGCUCCCAUGCUCAUCAAUAUCCCUCCCCCACCAUCUAAUCCGGACACUCCAAGCGAUAUGCCUGGUACUCCUACCAGCGCAACUACAUCGCUCUCAGCCCUAUCAACCACCGCUAUCAAGGAUGGCCACCGAGGUAACGCCUAUCACGGUCUCGCAGGUUUCCGAGGUCACCAACACCAAUCGUCCACAAAUAGCCUCGAAGCCGAGCGCGCAGAUCGCAUCAGUCGCCUUGCGGGCCUCGAGCGCGUAUCUACCAUACGCGCCCCGAACCAACAGCAGCCCGGCGGCAGCCCCGCCCAGACCACCGCCACAACCGCCGCGCAACAGGCAACCGCCCUUACACCCGCGUACUUCGAUUCGAACGGGCAGCCGACGGCGAUGACUAAGAUGAGCACGGUUGGCACUGCGUCCGCGACAGGUAGUGUCGGGGCGCGGACGACCACGGAAGCGGGCGACCGGUUCGGCGAGGAAGACGAGGACGAGAUGGACGCGGAGCUGACGGAGGUCGAUGAUGACGGCGAUGGUAUUAGCAUGGAUGUGGAUAGUACGUCCGGUGCUAUGGAUGAAGACAUGGCGAGCCGUUCGGUUAGUGGCUUUGAGGACCGCAUGAGCGACGAUGGCACCGCGAGUCUCGUCGGCUUUGGCGAGGGCGCAAAUAGCACCGUUAGUGGCCCUAUCUACCACAGGAGGCCGCUGCCUGGCGCGGCGGGGAUCUGGGGUCUGGAACGUAGUAGUUCGGGACUGAGCCAGGAGGCUGUUACGGCUCGGGGUCGAGAGAUACGCGAUGCGACCGCGAGCGAUACCCCUGUUAGUGCGACGGCCGCGGCCGAGACACGGCAGGCGAAGUAUGUGGAUGGCGUUGCUGUAGAUGGCGGCGGACACGUUGGUACCUCGGAUGACGACGUGUUUGUCGAUACUACGACGCGCGGGCCUAUACCCGUUCAGCCGGGCCAGCCGCGGACAAGCGCUCUUAGAGAAGGCGUAGGCGGUCCCGCAGCGCGAGAAGCGGCAGAACGUAUCGUGCGAGACCGUCUCGACGGCGGCGAAGGCGGGCGCGCUCCUAUUCUAGGGAACUCGAAGGACGGAGAUAAGUUGGGGAAGUUCUACUUCGAGGAGAAGAAGUAGGAUUAGACGUCAAGAUGGUUCGUUACCAAUCACGUGGGCUGGACUUUAUGGUUUUGUUCUAUUGCUCUGUAUGUCUUGUUAUCACCACCUAUGCUAUGGAAUUUUAUCGGCGUAUUAAAGGGAAAAUCACCGAAUCGACCUAAGAUAGG